GUGCCUUGGGGGUUGGAUUCCCUUCCUGAGUCCCAGGAGAAGCUGAAGGAGCUCCCAGCCAUGGAAGACCCUGGUGAGACCGGAGCCCACCCUCUGGGAGCCACCAGCCUGAACUCUGUACCUGGGCACCAACAGGAAGAAAAGCCAUCUCCAGACCCACUGUAUGACACACCCAAUGCCAGAGGGGUACAGGCAGGCGGGUCCCAACCACCAGCGCGUACUGUGAGCCUGCGGGAGCGGCUGCUGAUCACCCGGCCUGUGUGGUUACAGCUGCGGGCCAACGCUGCAGCCGCGCUGCACGUGCUGAGGACGGAGCCUCCAGGGACCUUCCUGGUGCGGAAGUCUAACACUCGCCAAUGCCAGGCUCUGUGUGUGCGGCUGCCAGAAGCCAGUGGCCCCUCUUUUGUCUCCAGCCACUAUAUCCAGGAGAGUCCUGGCGGCGUCUCUUUGGAGGGCUCAGAGCUCACGUUCCCGGACCUGGUGCAGCUCAUCUGUGCAUACUGCCAAACCAGGGACAUUCUUCUCCUCCCUCUCCGACUCCCCAGAGCCAUUCACCAGGCAGCCACCCACAAAGAGCUGGAGGCCAUCUCCCAUCUGGGCAUGGAGUUCUGGAGUUCCUCUCUCAACACCAAGCUUCAACAGAGGUCUUCGGAAGCCCCAGCGAUACCCCGGCUGAAGGCUCGCUCCCCCCAGGAGCUGGACCAGGGCACUGGUGCUGCCCUCUGCUUCUUCAACCCCCUCUUCCCCGGGGAUCUGGGCCCCACUAAGCGCGAGAAGUUCAAGAGGAGUUUCAAAGUGCGCGUGUCCACCGAGACCUCCAGCCCUCUGUCUCCACCUGCUGUUCCGCCUCCGCCAGUCCCGGUGCUGCCAGGGCCAUCUUCCAGCCAAACGGAAAGUCUGCCCCCUCGACAGCUGCUGCAGAGGGAGAGCUCAGUGGGGUAUCGUGUGCCAGGAAGUGCAGCGGGCCCGAGACUUCCUCCCCUACCUUCACUUCAGGAGGUGGACUGCUGCUCCCCUAGCAGCUCAGAGGAGGAGGGUUCUUCAGGAAGCCCUACAACCUCCCCACGCCCAAGGCACCGGCGGCCUCUGCUUCGGUCCAUGAGUUCUGCUUUCUGCUCUCUGCUGGCACCUGAGAGGCAGGUGGGCCGGGCAGCCACAACGCUAAUGCAAAACCGAUACACGGCUGUGGGUCAGCUAGUGCAGGACCUACUGACCCAGGUUCGGGCUGGUCCCGAGCCCCGAGAGUUGCAGGGCAUCCGCCAGGCCCUGACUCGGGCCCGGGCCAUGCUGAGUGCAGAGCUGGGCCCUGAGAAGCUGCUACCACCGGAGCGGCUGGAACUGGUCCUGGAGAAGUCCCUGCAUCGCUCCGUUCUCAAGCCUCUGCGACCGAUUCUAGUUGCCCGCCUGCGGCGCCGGCUUUCCACAGAUGGUUCCCUUGGCCGCCUAGCUGAGGGCUUCUGCCUGGCCAGGACCCAGGGCCUUGGAGCCUUCGGGUCCCACCUGAACCUUUCUUCCCCUGUGGAGACAGAGCAGGUGCGCCAGAAGCUGCUUCAGCUCCUCCGUGCCUACUCCCCCAGUGCCCAGGUCAAGCGGCUCCUGCAGGCCUGCAAGCUGCUAUACACAGCCCUGAAAACCCAGGCAGGGGAGGAUGCAGGAGCUGAUGAGUUCCUGCCUCUGCUGAGCCUUGCUCUGGCCCAGUGCGACCUUCCUGACCUCCUGUUAGAUGCUGAGUACAUGUCCGAACUUUUGGAACCCACCCAGCUCACGGGAGAGGGUGGCUACUACCUGACCAGCCUCUCGGCCAGCCUGGCCUUGUUGGGUGGCCUAAGCCAGGCCCCCGCACAGCCACUCAGCCCAGCACAGGAGCUCCAGCGCUCUCUGGCCCUCUGGGAACAGCGCCGCCUGCCGGCCACCCACAGCUCCCAGCAUCUCCUCCGAGUGGCCUACCAGGACCCCAGCACAGGCUGCACAUCCAAGACCCUGGCUGUGCCCCCAGAGUCUUCCAUCGCUGCCUUGAGCCAACUCUGUGCCACCAAGUUCCGAGUGACUCAACCUGAUGCAUUUGGCCUCUUCCUCUACAAGGACCAGGGCUACCAUCGCCUACCCCCCGAAGCCCUGGCCCACAGGCUCCCUGCAACUGGCUAUCUCAUCUAUCGCCAGGCAGAGCGCCCUGAGACCCAGGGGGCUGCAGCAGAGAAGACAAAGACAGACAGUGAGAGGCCAGAGGCAGGAGCCUGGGAGGAGGAGAAAGGGGAUCUAGACGGUGAAGGGAAGCGCAGAGCUGUUGACCAGGAAGGCAAGGAUCACACGCCAGAGGAACACGAGGCAGAGGGAAGCCAGGCUUUGGAAGAGUAGCUGGGGAGGACCAGAAGGGCUGCCCGGGCCCCCAGGAGCCUCUGAAGUCCACCUUCUUAGCUGCACAGCUUCCCUCACCACCCACACAUGGUUCACUGUGGUGUCUGCCACCGCCUCUAGCUGAUCUUCCUGAGUCCACCUGCCAGGGAACGGGAGCUGGCCAUACAGACCAAAGCAGCAUUAAGAGAGGUGGGGCAGACCCUCUGUUCAAGGCCCCAACUUCUGUGCCCCCAUAGCCCACGGGGAUAGAUGGGUCUGAUAAGGGGAAAUCCCCCUGAGAGCCAGAGGGGCAGAGCAGAGCGUGAGGGUUGUCCCAGCUGCUUCUGCCCCUCCCACUGCCAUGGGCACCCCAGGGCUGCUGGAGCAUCAAGACCCCAUGCAACUCCAGUCUCUCCUAAUUUCAGGGGUCAGGGAUCAGAAGAAUGGCAGCAAGUCUCCCCAAACUAACAGCUCUUCCCGGACAUAGCCUCUGACAUGCGAAGAAGGGGUGUGACUGCUAUUCUGCAGGGUCCUGGAGUGAGUGACCCAGGACCUUCGUGGAUGGCUGGCAGCUCAAUUUAGGAGAAAGAGAGCAAAGAGUGGGUGUUAGCAGCCGCGAUAGCCUGUGGGCGCCUCUACCAGGCAGUCCCCAGUCAGUUCAGAGACGGUUGCUUCCCUAGAGGUCAGGCCACAGGAGAGAGCAUCUAUGUUCCAGUCUUUUCUCAAGACCAGAAGUCUGCUGAGGCUCUUAAGUGUUUCUGGGAAAUUGGACUCUGAGAAGUAAUGCACACUAGCAGCAGAAGUUUCCAGAACAGAGAUGCCCCACAAACAUUGCCUUUGCAGUCCGCUCACUGGGUCCUUACUAAGCUCGGUAAUGAGGGGUGGCCUGGCUUGUGAGCCCCACUGCAGUGCAGGUUAGAUCAUUCCCAAGAUGUUCCAGCAAACUGGCCCACCAGGCCAGGGCAAUGGCCCCAGAGGGAAGCCCACGGCAAAUACGAGCAGAGAAAAAUACCCACGAAUGGCCACAAGAGGGCGUGUGCAGCCCAAGAAGCGGCUGAGGGUUGCCCACUCCCUCAGAGCGGUGGGAGGGGUGUGGCUAAAGAGAAUGUAAGAGCCCCAGAAUGUAGGCAGUCGCUGGCCUUACACUCCUACAGCAGCGUGGGAACUGCCGAGCAGAGACGACUUGUUUCCAGACAAAGGAGAACCACAGCCGGGCUCAGAGCUGCUCUCCUGGGCCUCUGAGCACCAGGGCACCAACUUACGUGCUAUAUACUUACCGACAUGGAGAUGGGCUUUCAAAUCCACAUCUGGCCAGUGUAGGGGUUCCAAACUAGUCAUCAGACCACCAGUCCCUUGCCCACUUCUAUGCCCCUCCCUCUGCAGGAGGGAAAAGUGUGUGAUAAGAGACAAGUUCGUCUGAUAUCUAACAUCUGGCACGGGGAGGGUGGCCUUCUCUCCACCACCCAGGAAGAGCCACGAACAGGCUGCUGGAUCUUCAAGGCUCUGAACAACACGGCCGCUGUUCCGUCAUAUGUUCCCCCUUCCACCCUAACCCUUUGUACAGGAUCGAGCACUCCACAGGUGCUCAAUAAA